AUGAAGUUCUUUUCUUUACUCAUCUUCUUACUAAUCUGCUUAGUGACAUUGAUCUCAGCUGGUCGAGACUUUUAUAAAAUUUUAAAUUUACCGCGAACAGCAACUGUUAAUCAAAUAAAGAAGUCGUAUCGAAAAUUAGCAAAAGAAUUACAUCCAGAUAAAAAUAAGGAUGAUCCCAAAGCUCAAGAACGUUUUCAAGACUUAGGAGCUGCUUACGAAGCAUUAUCCGAUCCAGACAAACGUAAAAUUUACGAUAAACAUGGCGAAGAAGGUUUAAAACAACAAGGCGGCGCUGAUUCAUUUCAUGAUCCAUUCUCAAGUUUUUUCGGCGACUUUUUCCAUUUUGGUGGAGGAUCAAGAGAUGAUGGACAUAACCAUGUGCCUCGUGGUGGAGAUUUGGUCAUGGAUUUAUAUGUCACACUCGAAGAAGUUUAUAAUGGAAAUUUUAUCGAGGUUGUUCGAGCGAAACCAGUUGCUAAACAAACAAGUGGUUCGAGAAAAUGUAAUUGUCGAAUGGAAAUGCGAACAACUCAAAUGGGCCCAGGAAGAUUUCAAAUGAUGCAAGAGCAAGUCUGUGAUGAAUGUCCAAAUAUUAAAUUCGUCACAGAAGAAAAAGUAUUAGAAAUCGAAGUCGAAGCCGGUGUUGCAGAUGGAUAUGAAAUCCCAUUCCUUGCUGAAGGAGAACCACAUUUGGAAGGUGAACCUGGAGAUUUAAAAUUCACAAUUCGUAUUCAAAAACAUCCCCUAUUUGAACGCAAAAAGAACGAUCUUUAUACGAAUUUGACCAUUACCCUUCAAGAUGCAUUGAACGGUUUUAAUCUAACUAUCACCCAUCUUGAUGGUCACAAGGUAACUAUAAAUCGUGAAAAAAUCACAUGGCCCGGUGCGCGUAUAAAGAAGAAAGGUGAAGGUCUUCCUCAACAUGAUCAAAAUAAUAUUGUCGGUGAUCUUUACGUUACUAUCGAUGUUGCCUUUCCCAAAACUGAACUCAACGAUGAGCAACGUGAAAUCGUAAAAAAUCUGUUCAAUCAAGAGUCUAAGCACAGACUGUAUAAUGGUUUAUAA